AUUGUUAUGUUGAGUUGGACAAUUAGUGUCAUGAUGAAAUAGUCUUGACGGUGGAAUAACGUCCGUUACACUGUCUCUUAACCCUUACACUGUCUCUUAGGAGAGAGAAAGCUCACUGAAAAGCUAGAGAGAGAGAGAAAGUCUGUGGAAGAAGAAGAUGCUGUUUGUAGAUCUGCUAAUUUGUGUAAAUUGAUGAAGAUUUGGUGUCGGCGUCUUAACCCUUCCGGCUCUCUCCAUCGAUAAUUAUAUUUUUGGUUGGAAUGGAAGCUGAAUUUGUUGACCCCAUGGAGCAAGCGACAGUUGUGCUUGAUCACAGUUCAGUCCUUGACAGUCCUUAUACUUGUGGUAUUGAAAAUGCUUCUGGUUGUGUGGUUGUUCAUGAAAGCCCUGAGAUCGAAUGUAGUAAUCCUGAUCUUCCAUCCCUGAAUUGUCUGACACCUUAUGUUCAUCCAUCCCCCUCCACCGUACCUAAUCUAAUUUCGCUUAAUUCUCCAUUAAAAACUGUUGAGACUGUUGAGACGAUUGUUUCCACGAACAAGAUUAGUGUGUACACCACUGUUGAAGCACCUAGGGUUGGGAUGGUUUUUAAACACUGGCAGGAUGUGGAGGCAUACUAUAAGGAGUAUGGUGAACAACAUGGCUUUGGUGUUAGUAGAGUGUCGUCUUCAUUUUCUAAGGUCACUGGUGAGAGGAGGGGUGCUACUUGGCGAUGUGAAUUUUGGGGACCACCUGAUAUGAGGGCUCAGAGGGAGGCAAAAAAAAGGUCUAAGGCCAUGGAAGCUUGUGGGUCUGGGGAUGUCUUAAAUGGAGUUAUAGGAGAGGAUGAACUGAGCCGUGGCAAGAGAACGUCGAAGAAAUGUGAAUGCAAUGCCUGCAUAUAUGGUAGUGUGAAUGGUGAUGGUGAGUGGGAACUGAGAACAGUUGUUCUGGAGCAUACGCAUGACCUAUGCCCUGCCAUGUCUACGUUGGUGAAGGAGUAUUGAAUGAAGAAUUUUACAUCAAAUGCGCGCAAGAAAUUAAUGAACUAUUAUGAGGAAGGGCUUCCAGUCACUCGGAUACAUGGUUGUAUGGGUUAUGAGAUGGGUCCUGAGAACAUGCCAACUGUUAAAGACCUUCAUCACGAGGUUUCUAAGGUGCGUCGACUGAAAAUGGAGGGUGGGGAUGCUGCAGCUAUGAUGGCCUAUUUUGAUCGGAUGCAAGCUGAUAAUCAAAACUUUUUCCAUUCACAUCGCCUUGAUGAAGAUGGCCGAUUGAAGGAUGUGGUAUGGGUUGAUGCUCGUAGCCGAGUGGCUUAUGAGGAGUUUGGGGAUGUGGUAUGUUUUGAUGCUACAUACCUUACAAACGAGUAUGAACUUCCGUUUGCCAACUUCGUUGGCGUUAAUCAUCAUGGGAAAUCUCUCCUGUUGGGAUGUGCAUUUGUAUCUCAUUAGACUUCAGAGACCUACUCUUGGGUGUUUCAGCAGUGGCUGUCUUGUAUGGGUAACAAACCUCCUGGUGCCAUACUGACAGAUCAAGCUGCUGCUAUGAGGAAACCAAUAUCUGAAAUAAUGCCAUCGACUCGACACAGGUGGUGUAUCUGGCAUAUUAUCCGCAAAUUUUCAGAGAAGCUAGGGAAAUGUGACAAGUCAGUCUUUUUUUUAUUGAAUAGUAUUCUUAUGUGACAAUAUGUUAAUUGGAUAUGUGACAAAUAUGCUGAUUUUAAAAGCCCUUUGAAAACUCUUAUAUAUGAGAGUUUUACCGUUGAGGAAUUUGAGAGUCAGUGGCAUUCAUUAAUCAAGCAAUUCAAAUUGGAGGAUAAUGACUGGCUUUGUGAUCUUUUUGAGAAGAGACACAUGUGGAUACCGGCCUUUAUGAAGGAGCACUUCUGGGCUGGAAUGAAAACUACUCAGAGAGUUGAAAGCAUCAACAGUUUUUUUGAUGGGUUUUUAAAUCGGCACACAAAGCUUCAUGAAUUUCCUGAGAAGUACACACGGGCUAUGGCGAAGCGGUGAAGUCUGAAUUGGCUGCUGAUGCUAGAUGUGGUUAAUACAUUAGGAGACUAGUUAGUGGGUUUAAACUUGAAAGAUUCUUCCAGAAAAUCUACACAGACACGAAGUUCCAAGAGGUUCAGAAAGAGUGUGCACGUAUGAUGUAUGUUUAUUCGAAGGGGGAGCGUAUUGUAGAAGAAAAUGUGACUGAGUAUUUACUUGAGGAUAGGGUAUGGAUAAUUCCCGAAGGCAAGAGGCAGGAGGUGAUAACUGAUAGGCGUCGCCUUCUGCGUGUUUUAUUUAAUAGUGUGACGAAGGAGGUUUCCUGUGAAUGUAGGAAGUUCGAGACCUUUGGUAUUUUGUGCAAGCAUGGCAUUGGAGUCCUUGAUCAAAACCUGGUGUUUUAUAUUCCAAGCAAGUAUGUCCUUGAUCGGUGGAGGAAAGACGUUCCAAGGAAGCAUACAAGGGUCAAAGUAGCUUACCAUGACCCUUCUGAAAGAGAUCAAGUGAGACAGUAUUACAAACUCAUGCACGAGUUUGAACCAAUUUGUGAAGUAGCGUCCUCCAUAAAUGAUCCUGAAACUGUAGCUAUGGUCAUUUCAUGCCUUCAACAGCUAAGUGUUAAUGUGAAAAAAAGCAGGCAAGUUUUCCUUGAAAAGCAGGCCAAACUCCCAACCCUGCCAACAAGUGGUGUGCCACCUUCAGAAAAAGGGUCUAAUCAGGUCUUGAAAUGCAAUGGUGGUGAGGCACCGUCAUCUGUAGUGAAGGCAUCAUCAAUCGCACCACCUGUGAAGGACCCAAUUCCACGGAAGAAGCCUCGUGGUAGGCCAAAGGUAACCCACUACAAGAGCCUAGCAGAGACAGGUUACAAAACCCAGCAAAAGAAGCCUACACAAACCAAACCAACCCAGCAAAAGACUAGUCAAACACAGUCGAAACGUCGACGCUCUCAACGUCUUAUGGAGUUGGACGAAGCUAACGACAAAGAAAUGGUUGAAGAUUUUGAUGCGGAUAUUGAUAAUUGCUUUUAUGGCUCUGAUCACUCUAUGGAGUUCUGAUGAAAUGAAGCUUAUCUGUAUGGGCAGCUGAUCAGGUUAUGGAGUUCUGAUGAAUUGAACCUUGUCAUUAUGCCCACCUGUAUUAUGGCUAAGUUGUACGAGUUAUAAGUCUCAUUUUGGUUUAGCUUCAACACUGUCAUCUUAGCCUGCAUGUAGCCUUUUGAAUCUGGUUCAUGGUUGUAACAACUUUUACUUAGCUUUCAUUGCUGUCAUCGUAGCCUAAAUGUAACCUUUGUAUGUUGACCGGUAUCUCCCUUCUCCCUUUAUUUGCAUUCUCUGGCCGUAUCUUUUAGUAAUUUUUGUAAUGUUUUAAAUUUCGUAAUUUUUUGUUAAGUUAGUUAUUGCGGCCAAAAACAAGUUGAUAAUUUGAUUGAA